UCUAUACCAUUUUUCUUUUUUUUCCCUUAAGUCUAUGCACAUUGUUAAACACACUGUAACCUGCUUAGAGGUUUUUUUCAUCUGAACCUGCUUUACUGCAUAUCUGUAACCUUUUCUGUCUGCAUGACCAAAAUCUUAAACCACUGUACACCUUAGCUCAUGGUGCACUGGGGGCUCAAGCCCACAGGUAGCAACCGGGAGACACAUCUCUGUACCACAGCCCGCAUGAGACUGUGGGACUAGGAAGCUGCACUUGGCUCCAUUUUUUUGUGUGUUUGGAAUCUUUAUUUAAGCUUUCUCAGUUCUUACGUGGACAUACGUGCCCCCACAUUAGACACCAUUUGUAGGCAGAUUUUUCUGUCCUGCCAUCCUGCUCCCAAAUCAUGACACAGAGACAUUAUUAAUUAUGAAAGCUUUCUUGAUAUCUUAGGAUUGCUUCUAAUUAGCUCUUAUAAAAAUUAACUCAUUUAUAUUAAUUUACUUUCUACCUUGUGGCUACAUCUCUAUAUUGCCCAUCCUGCUUUCUCUGCAUCCAGCUGGCAACUCCACCCUUCUUCUUCCCAGCAUCCUCUGUGCCCCUAAAAUCCUGCCUAGCUAUUGGCCAUUCAGCUUUUUAUUAAACCAGUCUGAGUGACACAUCUUCACAGUAUACAAAAAGAUUAUUCCACAACACCCAGGUCCUCUGGGAGAGCAGUCAGUGCUAUUAACUGGUGAGAUAUCUCUCCAGUCUACACAAUGAUUUACUUUUAAUCUGAUAGCUUGAUUGUCUCUCUGUGUGUGUACAAAUGUGUGUUCAUGGAGAUAAGAGAUCAGAUGGGUGUCUUCCUUAAUUGUUCUCUGUGUUCUUUAACACUUUAAUUAUUUGUGUAUAUUGUGGUGAUGUAUUGUGUCCCCAAUAUAUUGUGCACCCUAAUAAAGUUUAUCGGAGGAUCAGAGGAAAAAGCCAGCCACUCUAGUAAACAUAGAGGUCAGGCAAUGGUAGCACAGGCCUUUAAUCCUAUCACUUGGGAAGCAGAGAUCCAUCUGGAUCUCUGUGAGUUCAAGGCCACACUGGGAACUGUGGUGGUAUUUUACUUGUACUGAAAUGUGAUUUUAAUUGUAUGUUAAUAAAUAAAGUUGCUUGGGGGUCAGAGCUAUUAGAGCCAUAGCAAGAGCGUGGCGGUGGUGGCACAUGCCUUUAAUCCCAGCACUUGGUAGACAGAGCUAGGUAGAUCUCUGUGUGUAAAAGGAUACAGCCAGCAUUGGAGACACACGCCUUUAAUCUCAAUCCCAACCAUAGAAGACCUGGAAGUCUUUACAGACAGGCAGUGACGAGGCAUGGGUUUACAACCAAUGAGAAGGCAGAACCGAAAGUCUUUAUAAAGACAGACACACAGGAAGUAGGCCCCUUUCGGAGAGCUCUCUUGGCUGAAGAGGAUCGCUGAAGCAGGAAGGGUGAGGCUUUUAGUUCUGACCUCUUGGCUUUCUUCUCUGAAUCGGCUCUGUGUUUCUUAUUUAAUGAGACGCUUGGUUACAUCUACAGGGAACAGAGCCAGGUGUGGUGGUACACGCCUUUAAUCCCAGCACUAACCAUAAAGGUCUGGAGGUUUGGACAGACAGACAGGAAGUGACAGAGCUGGGCAGGAAGAGGAAAUGAUGUAGCUGGACUGAGAGAGGAAAUGAGAUGGCAGAACAGAAAGGCAUAUAGGCGUGGGUAUAUAGGAAGUAGGUCUCUUUGGAAACUGGGAUGAAGUUGUCUGUGGCUUGUACUAUUUCUCUGAUCUCUCAGUUUUUCACCCCAAUAUCUGGCUCCGGGUUUUUAUUAAUAAGACCAUUUAGCAAUUCAUCUUACAGUAUAUAUGUGUAGGAGCACUUGAGUGCCACAGCAAGUAUGCGGAGGCCAGAGGACAACUUACAGGAGUCAGUUCUUUUUUUCUACCAUUCCAGAGAUUGAGUUUACGUCCUCAGGUUUGGCAGCAAGUGUUCAUAUCUGCUAUGCUAUUUCACCAACUCUACCUGCUUUUUGAGACAAGGUCUCUCAAAUGUGGAGCUCUAAAUUGGGCUCAAACUCAGGUCACUUUACUAACUCAGUCAUCUUCCUGGCCCCUAAUUUUCUUAAUUCACUUUCAGAAAGGUAUCACAAUGGUCCUUUCAAAUACUUUUUACACUCUAUUACCCGUUGUUUCCAGCUGCAAAUUUAAUCAUACCAUUAGGCUUUUUCUCUAAGUCUGUCCUGUGGUUUCUGUUAAUUUUUUUCUGUGUUUCAGUAUUAUUGACUCCAAAAUCUAUCUUCCAGUUCCUUACUUCUUUCUUUAGCUGGGUCUAAUUUGUAACUAAUCUAAUCCAUUAAGGUUCUGCUACCUUUAUGAUCUACAUACAACAAAACAGAGCAUUUUAAGUAGUGCCAUUUGAUAAGUUUUCUUGUAGUUUUUGUGUUUUCUUCAACAUUUUUAUGUUGAAAAAAUUUGAAGGAGCUGGAAAGAUGAUUCAGUGGUUAAGAGAACCUACUAUUGUUGCAGAAGACCCAGAUUCAGGUCCCAGCACCCACAUGGUGACUCACAACUACUUGUAACUCUAGUUCCAGGGCAUCUGACACUCACUUUUAGCCUCCAUGAGCACCAAGCAGGUACAUGGUGCACAUACAAACAUGCAGACAUUCAUACAUGUACAUAAAAUAAAAAAAUAGGCAGCUGGAGGUGGUGAUACAUGACUUUAAUCCCAGCACCUGGAAAGCAGAGGCAGGAUCUCCAAGUUUGAGGCAGGCCUGGUCUACAGAUCAAGUUCUAGGAUAGCAAGGGCUACACAAAGAAAUCUUGUCUCAAAACUACUACUACUACUACUACUACUACUACUACUACUACUACUAAUAAUAAUAAUAAUAAUAAUGAUAGGGUCAGGCAUGGAAGCACAUGGCUUUGAUCUCAGCACUCAGGAGACAGAAAAAAACAGAUGCCUGUGAGUUCUAUGCCAGCCUGAUUUCCAUGGUAAGUUCCAAGCCAGCCAGGGCUACAUAUGGAGAUUCUGUCUCAAAAAAUAAUAAUUUGUUUUCAAAUGUACAAAAGAGUUAGGAUAGUAGUACAUAUUUUUACCCUGGAUCAACUAGUCAUUAACAUUUUGCUAAAUUUGCUUUACCUCACGUAUUAUGUAUAAUCAUACUAUUACUCUUCGGUUUGAACUUCAAAGUAUUUGGACAAAGACCCUUUGAUUCCAAAUAUGUCAGCCCAGACAUGAAAGGAACAAGUGCAUCUCCAUUCCCACUGUGAUGCAGUCAAGUCAGUUAACCACCUUGGAAUUAUCAUUGAUAGAGUUUUAUUGAGCAAUAUACAGUACAUUUUCAGGUUAAGAAUUUUUACUAGUGUGUUCUGUGUGAUUGAUCAUCUUUUCCUGACCCAGGAUCCAUUCUAGUACCAGUUAAUAAAACACUGAUGAAGCUGGAGCUUCCUGGAGUAGAGGGAAUAUGUUCUCUUCAAUCAGGUGAAGUAUACUUACCUUCACUCACUCAGGACAUGAGGAGAUUUGAACUUUAGUUCAGUUUCUGUCUCACCUUCACUUUCAGGGAAUAGUCCUCUAAUGCACUGAGCCUGACCUUCAGCUUCUGUACCACAGCUCCCAUAAGACUGUCCCAACUUCACAGCUUCUUGGUCCCUGCUUUCCUGAUUGAAAAUCCCCAGCUGUAAAUGCUGUUCUUGUCAUCAGAGAAACUGUGACCCCAAGAAUCCUGCCAUCACUGGUUGUUCUAAUGAAGGUUAGUCUGAAACAAUCUUGCUCUCACAGCUGUCUCCCUCUUCAGCUUCAGCCUGGAGUCUUUACGAUUAUUUAAAAUGCUCCACUCACCAUUUUUGCAGUUGUCUCUGGGGUAUUUACCAUCUCUGUAUUGUUUCUAGAACAUUUUUGUGUGAUUGUUUUAUCCUUGCCUCCUUCACCCCAACUUCUAUUCACUACUUGAUAUUCACUUGAUUUCACUUUUGCUUGCUAUGUGCUUAAUAAACCCACUAAUUCAAGAUCAAAAGGACAGCUUCUAUACAUCAGUCUUCAUACAGAACAGAAUACCCUACCAGGUAGUAUCCAGAGGUUGUCUAUGGACACUGAGCUUUGAAUUUCAGUCAUUGCAGAAAUGCCACAUGGUCUCCUGACUUUCUGAUCCUUGAAUAGGUUAUGACAUAAGAGCUUUCAUUUCUCUACCUAGAAACCUUCCCUUUACCAACUGUCCUGAGGACCUAAGACUUCAAGUCAUCAACCUAAGCGACUAUCAACACCAGUUGUUUGACUCCAGGGAAGGUCUCCUGUUGGUGUUGGGGAAGACUGCACGAGAAAGGGUUGUUUUACGGGGUCGUGAAACUUGAUUGCUUUUAUUGUUGAGGGAACCCCAGAAGUUAAAGGCAUGUGCUACCAAGAGUGCCAGGAACUGGAGUCGUUAGAGACUAGUUGAUUCUCUUCCACUGUUGCUAAUAUCCUACUCAUCGUGUGUGCACAAUUCAAAUCUUAAAGACUUGCACUAUUGACCCUGCCUUUCACAGACAUCCAGGAUUGACCUUUGGCUGUCCACUACAAGUGUCCACUUGGCUUCUGAAGCGUCUUUGACCACACGCCUGUUUGUCCUACAGCAGCCCCGUUUCAGGAAAAGGAAUAGAUUCUCAUUGCCAAAGCUCUGGAGUACUCUUAAUUUUCUCCGCAAACCCAAUCCUUGGAGCAGUCCCGCAGCGCCAUCUUCUGGUACAGCUCUUCACCUCCACUCCUCGAGAGGCAGUAGUGUCUGAUUUGCUUUUCAGACCUUGUGUAGGCCUCCCGAGAGAUCUUUGCGGGCAUCGCCAAGAAUAACGGCCUCACUGAGACACCCAAGGCCAGUGUUCUCCCAAGCACUGCCAGUGUUCGUUCGGAGUUUGGAGCUUCUGAGACGCAGCAGCCAGGGCGGUACUCGCCAGGGGAAGAGGCGGCGCGCGUUGGGUUCUGUCCUGCCCUGGCCUGGCGAGCGGUCACGUGGGGCGCUACCCGGAGGCGGAACUACUACGACCGAGACCUAAAGGCUUGCAGAUCGGGAGCUCCAGGUUACCUUAGUCAUGCGCUCCCCGCGUCCCACCUCCGCUACGCUGGCAUUUCUAGCUGCGUUCUUGGCUGCGCCCUUGGCUGUGGCUGAGACCCCAUACCUGGUGCGUGUGGACGCAGCCCGCCCGCUGAGGCCUCUGUUGCACUUUUGGAGGAGCACCGGCUUCUGCCCCCCACUGCCUCACGACCAGGCUGACCAGUACGACCUUAGUUGGGACCAGCAACUGAACCUUGCCUACAUAGGUGCCGUACCUCACAGUGGCAUCGAGCAGGUCCGGAUACAUUGGCUGCUGGAUCUCAUCACAGCCAGGAAGUCAUCUGGGCAGGGACUGGUAUACAACUUCACCCACUUGGAUGCAUUCCUGGACCUCCUCAUGGAGAACCAGCUCCUCCCUGGAUUUGAGCUGAUGGGCAGUCCUUCUGGGCAUUUCACAGACUUUGAGGACAAGCAGCAGGUGUUCGAAUGGAGGGACUUGGUUUCUCUGUUGGCCAGAAGAUAUAUUGGUAGGUAUGGGCUGACACAUGUUUCCAAGUGGAACUUCGAGACUUGGAAUGAGCCAGACCACCAUGACUUUGACAAUGUGUCCAUGACUGCACAAGGCUUCCUGAAUUACUAUGAUGCCUGCUCUGAGGGGCUGCACAUUGCUAGCCCCAUGUUGAGGCUGGGUGGCCCUGGGGAUUCAUUCCACCCCCUGCCAAGGUCACCACUGUGCUGGAGCCUUCUGCGUCACUGUGCCAGUGGAACCAACUUCUUCACUGGUGAGGUGGGCGUGCGUCUGGAUUAUAUCUCCCUGCACAAGAAGGGCGCAGGCAGCUCCAUCUCCAUCCUGGAGCAGGAGGUGGCAGUUGUGGAGCAGAUCCAGCAGCUAUUCCCCGAGUUCAAGGACACCCCUAUUUACAAUGACGAGGCAGACCCUCUGGUGGGCUGGUCACUUCCACAGUCUUGGAGAGCUGAUGUGAUUUAUGCAGCCUUGGUGGUGAAGGUCAUUGCACAGCACCAGAACCUGCUGUUUGCCAAUAGCAGUUCCUCCAUUCGCUAUGUGCUCCUGAGCAACGACAAUGCCUUCUUGAGCUACCACCCACACCCUUUCUCCCAGCGUACACUUACUGCCCGCUUCCAGGUCAACAAUACUUGCCCACCCCAUGUGCAGCUUCUGAGAAAGCCAGUCCUCACAGUCAUGGGGCUGAUGGCCCUGCUGGACGGAGAACAACUCUGGGCGGAAGUGUCACAGGCUGGGGCUGUGUUGGACAGCAAUCACACAGUGGGUGUCCUGGCCAGCACCCAUCGCCCUGAAGUCUCCUCAGAGGCCUGGCGUACCACAGUCCUGAUCUACACUAGUGAUGACACCCAUGAACACCUCAACCACAGUAUCCCUGUGACGCUUCACCUUCACAGGGUACCCCCUGGCUUGGGGCUUGUCUACGUAGUACGCUACCUAGACAAUCAACUGUGCAGCCCCUACAGUGAAUGGCAGCACAUGGGCCAGCCAGUCUUCCCCUCUGCAGAGCAAUUCCGACAUAUGCGCAUGGUGGAGGACCCAGUGGUUGAGGCACCACGUCCCUUCCCUGCUGGAGGCAGACUGACUCUACACCGGAAGCUUUCUUUGCCAUCACUUCUGCUGGUGCAUGUCUGCACACGCCCCUUGAAGCCACCAGGGCAGGUUAGCCGGCUGCGUGCACUGCCCCUGACACGUGGGCAGUUGGUUCUGGUCUGGUCAGACGAGCACGUGGGCUCCAAGCCAGCUGGUCCCAGCUUCAGUACUGAUCCAGCCCUCCCCAGGUGCCUGUGGACAUAUGAGAUCCAGUUCUCCCAGAAGGGUGAGGUGUAUACUCCAAUCAGCAGGAGGCCAUCUACUUUUAACCUCUUUGUGUUCAGCCCAGACACAGCUGUGGUCUCUGGCUCCUAUCGAGUACGAGCACUGGACUACUGGGCCCGGCCAGGCCCCUUCUCAGACCCUGUGACUUACGUGGAUCUCCCUGCCUCAUAAGAGCCACUGGCUCCUAGUGACUGGUGAGCCUGUGCUGACUAGUGAAUGGGGUCAGCCAGGUUGAGCUAGACUGCCAUUAGCUAGUUAGUUGACUAUCAUCUCCUUUUGUUGUUUCCCCAUUUCCUUUGAAAGUAUCUUUCUCUACCUCAGUCUUGGGGUCUGCUUUGUGGAUGAACACUACAGAGGGCCCAGCGGGAGUAACCUUUGCCUGCUUUUCUCCUUCUUCCCAGCUGUUCAAAGUUUAACUCUGGAGUUGGGAGGACGCUCAGUGGGUACAGUGCUUGCUGUGCAGGCAUGAGGACCAGAGUGCAGACAUCUAUUCAGAGUUUACAGAUUACUCAUGUAAAGGCUGGACAUGGCGAUGUAUGCCUGUAACCCUAGUGUUGGGGGGAAGGACAGACACAGGCCAGGCUCUCUGGCCAUCCAGUCUACCUGGAACUGCAAGCUCCAGGUUCAGUAAGAAAUCCUGUUUCAGAAAAAUCAAGUGGAGAACUAUAGAGAAGAUACUCAAUAUUGACCUUUGGUCUAUACACACACACACACACACACACACACACACACACACACACACACACACCUCACAUACACAAAUACACACCCACCCCUCAAACACACCACAGAUCACACUAUGCACACACAGUCUAAAUUCUGUCCCUUUUCUGAGACUCAAGACAAACUCUUAGCUUGAGAUUCUGUAAUAUCAAAAAGAAAGUUAUGUACUUCUGAAAUACAAUUGCACAGGGUAAAUAUCUCCAUUUCAACAGGAAAAUAAAUGACAAGGAAGGAUUUAAUUGAAGCAAGACCAAGCAUUAAAUCCUGCAGAUACAUUUCCAGAAUUGGGGCACAUGUUAUUGUGAUAUGAACUCUAAUGUGCUAGACAGUUCUAUCUUUGUGGUGUUGCCAUUUACAGCCCUUGUGACCUUUCUCCUAGGCUGGUGUCUUAGGUUUUCCAUGCUGUGAUUAAACAUGAUGAACAUAAGCAACUUGGGUAGGAAAAAGUUUAUUUCACUUACAUUUCCACAUUACAAUCUAUCAUCGAAGGAAGCCAGGGCAGGAACCUGGAGGCAGGAACUGAUGUAGAAGUCAUAGAGAAGUGCUGCUUACUGGCUUGUUCUCCAAGGCUUGCUCAGACUAUGUUCUUAUACACCCCAGGACUACCAGCCAAAGGUGGCACCUCUCACAAUGGCCUGGGCCCUUCCACAUCAAUCACUAAUUAAGAAAAUGCAACACAGACUUAUUGCUCAUAAGUCAAUCUUGUUAGGGUGUUUUCUCAGUGAGGUUCCCUCUUCCCAAAUGACUCUAGCUUAUGACAAAUCGACAUAAAACUAUCCCAGUCUUGCCACAUAUUACCUGGCCUCCCAAGUCUUCCUUUGAAAUCUGGCCAGAAGCCUACAUAACCCUGUAACUGUAAUUCUUGUAUUCUGUCUUCUAAGCCAGCAUGCUGUGGAUCACACAAAGGUCUAUUAUCAGCUUGAAUGGUAGUUGAGGACCCUUGAGCCAUCCAUGACUGCUGUAAACUUGGAGUGCCUUGUUGCUUAGCCCCAUGCACUUGGGCAGAACAUUAUGACGAUGGUAACUUGUAGAGGGGAAGGCUGUUCACCUCAUGGGGAACAGGAAGCAAUAUAAGGAUAAAAUUAAGUGUAACCAUCAAAAACACUUCUUCAUGGACCUGCUUUGUCCAACUAGGCCCUAGCUCCUAAAGUUUCUAGAAUCUCCCAAAACAGAACCACUACCUGGAAACCAAUUGUUUAACAUGUAAGUCCUUGGGGGGUGUAUUUAAUAUUCAAAAUUGGCUGGAUAUAUCACCUUGGUUCUGGCCAUUGGAAAAACCCUCUCUCUUUAAGUACCAGUAUUAAGUGUGCUAAUACACAGCUACAUCCCUUUCCAGGUGGCCUGCUGGACACAUGUGUCCUUAAUUCAUUCUGCACAUUUUCCUUCUCUCCAGCAUCCCAUGGAAGCCCAACAUACAGAAAUUUGUGCUGCAGCCUAGGCCUGCUGCCAAGCUUUUCCAAGUUAGCAUUACCUACUGUCCAGGAAUAAGUCUGAAUGGAAUACUUGUAUAUACUUCGUGACUACAUCCAAAUUGAGAGUUCCUCUGGCCCUGUGCCUCUUAGAAGUGGGCAGAGUGAAUGAAAUACAAUGACUUUCUGUAGUGCUUUUUAUCCCUUUGUGGACCUUAGGCUGGCCUUGAAAUCCUGAUCCUUCUAUCUCAGCCUCUGUAGGACUAAGAUUAUGGGUAUGUACCAUCAUGCCUGUCAAUGACCCCUCACUUUAAAUAAAAUAUGACAUUUCCCACUGCCGUGGGAUCACCACAGGCUUCCCUGGAGGAUCUUGAGCUUUUCAGAGCUUGUCUUCCACCUCUUGGAAGUAUGUUUUACUAAGCCCUCCAGGGCAUGUAACUUCUUGCCCACCAAGCCCAGUGAGCAUGACUAGCAGGUUGCAUUAAUUUUGGAAGAGUGAUGUCACCAGGCAAACUUGAGGUGUGCUGACAUCCAUUAUGAGAAAGUAGACUGCUCUUGAUGAGAUAAAGAGUGCUUUCCAGUGGACAAGCUGAUGUGUCAGGCAGCCAGCCCUCAGAUAAAGUGGGUGUUGACAUGGUCAUGUUUCAGCAAACCACCAACAUUUAAUAUCCCUGGGGCAGGUUAUGAGGAUCUGGAGGGAGACCUCUCAGUCUCCCACUCUGUCCUGGAAACUGGAAAGGGGCCUAAUGGGUGGUCUUCAGUACAAGCCAACGUUGUCUGCUGACAGAUGUCCCUAAGCCUCACUGACCAGUAGGCCACUUAGUUUUCAGGUAACAGGACUGCAGCCACUCAGACCUAUUAUCUAAUCACCGUAGGAGUUCAUCUUCCCUCUUCCAGGUGGGACCUAGCCUUCCUUGUUCUAGGUUCUGUGUCUGUAAAGUGGGUCAGGUCAGUAAUUAAUAUGAGGCCCUGGAGCAACAUUGUGAUAGUUUGUGCUGGCAAAGGUUCCUGUGGGCCCAUGUCCAGCAGCACUCUGCAGCCUAUACUCUGUGGUGUAGGUAAUAGCUCAGGCCCUCUCAUCUUGUUGAUGGUAUUUAUCUUACUGGUCCCUUCAGUGUCACAGACUUUUGCAGGGACAUUACUGUGUAAGUACUUGAGCAAUACCCUUAUUCAAGAGCCAGCUCAGAAACAUCCCAUCUGCCUGUGGUGUAGUUGCUUCCAAAGGGCUUUGGAUAUUGUUUGGUACACUGACCAUUGUCCCUGUGUACAUCACCAGCUUCCUAGCCACAGUAUGUGCAGGCAGAGUAUUGUCCAGGUCCCUCAUCCCGACUUUUGAACCCUGUAGGUACUCAGGUAUACACCACAGACUUCAGACCCUUGAUACUCUAGACAGUCAAGGCAGGAACUAUUGAGGAAAACAGCUUACUGGUUGCUCUUCAUGGCUUGCUCACCUUGCUCUCUUAUUCUAGACCGUUCCACCUGACCAGAGAUGGCAUUAGCCACAGUAGUUUUAAGUCCUCACAUCAAUCAUUAAUCAAGAAAAUGCCCGAAACUUGCCUACAGACCAAUUUGAUGGAGACAAUUCCUCAAUUAAGGUUUCCUGUUCACAGAUCACUCUGGCUUGUGUCAAGUUGACAAAACCUAAUGGUCUAUGUCGUAAUGUCACUUCUGACCCCGAUGACUGGGCAUAGUUGGUCCUUGUCUUUUCUCUUGGUUUGACUUCCAUAUCUCCUUUUCCUCUCUUGAUCCCCUUCACUCAUGGCCCAGUUCAGUUUGGACACUUCCAGAUGCCUCUGGCUGAACUCUCCCUCAUAUCUACAAUAAAACCCUUCUCCUCAACCAUACCUUGGAGCAAUCAUGUCCUCGUUUUCAUUCAGGUGGCUGUAUUAGUUACUUUUCUAUUGCUAUGGUAAUACACCAUGACCAAGGCAUCUAUGGAAGAAUUUAUUCUGACUUAGUUUCAGAGGGAUAAAAGUUCAUUAUGGCAGGAAGGCAUAGCAGUAAGAAGCAGGUAUGGUCUUGGGAGCAGGAAACAGAGGUCAUGAAUCUUCAACCACACACACAAAGCAGAGAGAGUGAGCUGGAAGUUGGGUGAAGGCAUAAAUUCUUAAAAACCUGCCUCCAAUGUAGUCUCUUCUGAAACUCAAGACAAUCUCAAAAUAAAAAAGGAGUACUACAUUAUAUACACAUAUGUAUGUAUGUUCCAACAUACAAGGACACAGAAUAUGCCUUAGCCUUUCCAAAGGGGAGCAAUGGGGGUGCAGUGGGAAAAUACUGGACCUAAGUAAGACUGAACCCAGGAGGAAAAACAAUAAAUCCUAUAGCUCCAUGUCUAGUGCCAAGGACUUCGGAUUUAAAGUACUUAGAUGGGACCCCCACCCCCUGCUUUGCUGCCUGAAACAUACAUAUGUCUUUUGGGGAUGGUUUCAAUGCCUGCCUGCAGCUCUCUUUGGCAGAUGCCUUAUGGCUAAGUGUCUCCAACAUACUGGGGUUCAUUUCAACCCAGCUUCACUGUCACAGCUUCAUGCAAUGGCCUCUCACAGCCUCUUCAUGCAUGGACUCCUCUUCCAAAUACUGCCUGACCUCAGUUGGAAAUAAAGCUGCUGUGAACAUCUGUGCAUAUA